AGUUGGACUUUUUCUGAGGCAUGUUUUUGACCAUGGAGGGCGACAUGAUGGAGGAAGGAAUUCCUUCCUCCAUGUUUCGACAGACUGGCACCAUGGAGGCACUGGCAUGAACGAACAUGACGAAUUCGCACAUAGCAUUGCCAUGACUGUCGGAGGCCGUAGGCAUAGCACAGGAUUUUAGACCUGUACCAUGUGACCAUAGAGCAAGGAAACAAAGGACGUACGUCAUGGUGUGAUGUAAGGCAGAUAGUGCUAGAACGGUGGAUACAACAACAAUUAGGACAUUGACAGUCCGGACAGUGGAGCAUGCUUAUCGGUUCAUGUUGAUAACACAUUGAUUAGUAAUGAUACUGCCCAGCUGCAUUAGACAAGGUGUAGCCAUGUUUCUGGUGUAGUCAUCUGCUGCCCAUUUUGGAAUGGACUUCCACACAGCCCUUCCUCGUCCAGCCAAGUAAUGAUGCACCAACUCUUCUACUAUCUUCUCCAAUACCCAUACGACAAGAUGAUGUUCAAGCUUGGGAGGAAAAUACAAGCUGUGUUGGGCGUGGCCCUGAGGGUGCCUUCCUUGUUUCUGAUCGAUGCCAUACUAAACCUGCGGAUUGACACGGGACAGUUUGGGGUCGACCACCCAGUGUGGUGCAGCAUUGUUUUAGUCAUUUGUCUCUUUGUGGCCAUGAUGAUGUUCUGUCUCACUACCAGAACUCUCUUCAAGAUCUACAUCCUCCUCUUGUGCAUCGGCACCUUGGCCAGCGUGGUCUGGUGGAACAGCGUCAUGCUGCAGAAGGUGGAUCAGGACAAGAAGGUGUCCGACUGGGACGUCUUGAUGUCUGUGCCAAAUGCCGGGGAGCCCUCGCGAGUCACACCGGUCCAGAUCCUGUUGAGCAUGGAGUUUGUGCUCUACGUCCUGGUGCAGAUUUUCUACGCCUUUGUUUACGUGGCCUGUAUCACUCUUCUGCCAGAGCGCUUCACCCUGACUGUCUGGCUGGCAAUGUGCGCCUAUUUCAUCUCGCCAAUGAUGAUUCGACUCUGCCUGAUGUAUUACACUCCAGACAAUCCACUCUACACAACCGUCAACACUCUGAAAGCAUUAUCUGUUCUAGUUCCUUCGCUAGAGGUGGCGGCGAUAUGCGUAUCCAAUAUUGUGUGGGGGGUCAUGCGUGUACCACUGUGGUACACAACCUAUCGAUUCAUGCUGCAGAACCUAGGUUUAAAUUCUCUCCUGGAGAACGCGUGGGUGGAAUUUCAAGUGCCCAACGUUCUGCGAAGCUUUUGGCUGCUCCGGUUUGCCAUACACAUCGCGCAGAUCUUUUUUGCAUUUGUGUCCAAUGCUGUCCUCCCUGGGGUGAUGGCAAGAAGCCUGGGUUCCUUGAAUGGUACUCAUGUUGUAGGGAGUCACCCAGAUGAGAACUUUGCCUGGAUGGCAGUGCUGGAGUUGGCAACCCACGGUUGCGAUUCGAACCUUGCCGUCCUGGGUCUGACGGCCGUUGUGUCGUACUUGUCAUACUACCUCGGCAAGUGGGCCGACCGACUCAUGGGCGGAGACUCGGACGAGGUGGCCCACAUCGGCACCGUCACAGCCAUCCUUUUUUUCAUCCUGUCCCUCCAGACAGGACUGCCAGGGCUGGAACCGAUGAAGCGCUUUGUCCGCCUUUUCCGCAACUUCAUCCUACUCAUCACAGCCUUGCUGCACUUCAUUCACAACAUGCUCAACCACGUGAUGAUGGCGCUCAGCACAUCUCACACAGCCUCCCUGUGGAAACACGGCCGUGCACUGGGCAUGUCCGUUGCGCUCAUUCUCAUACCCACUGUAGUCCUCAGUUACCUGUGGAUGACCAUAGCAGUGGGGACGUGGUUGCUAGCAGUGACUGCCUUCUGCUUGGAACUCAUCAUCAAAGUGACCGUCACCCUCAUUAUCUACACACUGUUCCUCCUGGACACGUACAGUGACCAAUUCUGGGAGAAUCUAGAUGAUUACGUUUACUACAUUAAAGCCACCGGUAGUACGAUAGAAUUCCUAUUUGGUGUCUUCCUCUUUGGCAACGGUGUGUGGAUCCUGUUCUUCGAGUCAGGGGGCAUCAUUCGCGCAAUUAUGAUCUGCAUCCACGCCUACUUUAACAUCUUCCAGUUGGGCAAGAACGGCUGGAAGAAAUUCCAGAAUCGGCGCAUGGCCGUGCACAAGAUCAAUAGUCUACCCGUGGCGACAGACGACCAGCUAAGGCAGCAUAGCGACGUCUGUGCCAUUUGCUACCAGGAACUCACCACAGCAAGGAUCACGCCCUGCCAACACCUGUUCCACGCCCUGUGUCUUCGAAAGUGGCUCUAUGUCCAAGACACCUGCCCCCUGUGCCACAAAGAGAUCAUGCAGAAUGUGAAAUCGGACAAAGAAACAGGACAGAAUGACGAGCAUGAACUCGUAAACCAGCACUAGAUACAUGUACUCAUGGAAGCAUAUUUAAAAUUUUCAUAAUUUAUGUUUAUCUUGGUGCCUAUCACUUGAAGAUUUGAAAUAAUUGAUAAACAAUGGCAGUUUGUUCUGAUCGCACUGCAGAAUGAAGACACUUUGUAGGUUGUAUAUGUAUAUGUUUUGUUGACUGAAAUUUCCCUAAGAAAAUUUGAUGCCUGUACAGACUGGGCCCAUGCUUUAAUCGGAUCCAUUGUAAUUUUUUUUUUUCCUAUGGGAAAUUACAGACCUUGGUUUUGGCAAAAAGUGUACAUGUAAUUUGUCGUACAUGCAGAUGCUUAACGAUUAAUAUGCUUCAUAUUUUCCCAGCUUAUAGAGUACCAAAGUGACUACGUCACACACACAGUUAUGUGUAUAAAAGACAUGAGCAUCAGAACAGGCACAUGAACCAACUGGCACACGUACUCCAUUCGUUUGCACUACACACUACACUGACUCAAAAUGAUAUCAAACUUUGGUACUCUAUACGGACAUAGGAAGUGACAGCCUUGAAAACCGCACACACACACACAAAAUAAACACCAGCGGUUUCAACACCUUUCAGUUUACAUGUACUGUAUGUCUGUAUUUCAGAGGGAUAUUUCAAUGAUGUUCUACGGAUUUCUUUCAAGUUUUUACAAAUUUAUGCAUUACAAAAUAAGCUGAACUGUUGGAAAACAAUGGUACUAUUAAGGUUAAGUUCAUGUAUGAAUUUUCUUUCAGGUUUGGAUAAAUUCAUAAUUUCUUGCAGUUGAGCACGAAUAACUAGUAAUUAAUCAUUUAUCCACCUUAACAGAAGGUGCUAUACAUGUCAAAUGCAUGGACUGUGUGCAUACACGUGUACAUGUUUAUUCAUCAUGCUCAUGAGUAUGCAUAUUCAAAGCCACAGAUCACAUGUAUGUACAUGUAUUUUGUUGCCGGUAAAUGUACGUACGUGUACAUGUACGUGUAUGAAUGUACAUGUAGCAAUGCAUGUAUCACACAACAGCAGCAAGGCACUGUACCUGAGCAAAGUUCAGUCUGUAAGAGGUGUCUGCUAAUGCAAAGAUUCUUCCCAUUUCUGGCAUGGUUAACCUUUAGUCUACUUUGCCGUAUAAUGCAACCGAGUUCAAACUUCAUAAACAUGUACAUUGUACAUGUAAGUACAUGGCUAACGGAAAGACAAAAAAAUUGGAUCGCGGUCAAAUGCCGCACGAAAUAGCAACAAAGAAAAUUAUUUUGAAGUUGUCAAGCAAUAGCUUCCUUGACAUGUAUUUUUGUGAUCAAUCAUGAGCCAUAGAUGUAGACUGUAUUGCCAAUGAUAAGUGAAAAAAAUGUCAAGAAACCCCUAGCAUGGAAUUCUAGGGCUCUGUGAACAAAACACCGGACCGGAGGUAACAAUUCAAGCAUCGACAACCCUCUCUUCUGUUGCUCAGACGCUGUGCAUUUUUUGGGUUUUUCUUUUUUUGUUUUUGGGUUUUUUUUUAAAGUGGCUGUGGUGUAUACUUGGUAAACUAUCGUAUACAAAAAUCUGAUUUUAUGGGGACAAAGCAGAUUCAUCUGCUUGUUGAAUUUUUCAAUGUUUUAAAUUGAAAUGCUUCUAUUUUUAAUCAUAUGCCUUGUUUCUUAGAAAUAGGCUAUCAGAUUAAUUUAAGAGGAGCUAUGAAGGAGUGCAAUGAUAUUUUUAAUGGAAUUUUGCCAGAGGGCUCAUUCUGAAUUCCCCAUGAUUCAAAAUUGUUUUGACCUGGUGAAGCAUCGUCAUUAAAUAUGGAACAUGUCAAGCUGUGA